GGGGGCUGAGGCGCCCACCGCCUGCUGUGCGAGGUGCGCGCGUCCUCCAUGGAGGCCCGAGAGGAACCGCUGCUGCUGGCCGAACUCAAGCCUGGGCGCCCCCACCAGUUCAAUUGGAAGUCCAGCUGUGAGACGUGGAGCGUGGCCUUCUCCCCAGAUGGCUCCCGGUUUACCUGGUCUCAAGGACACUGCAUCGUCAAGCUGAUCCCCUGGCCGCUGGAGGAGCAGUUCAUCCCUAAAGGGUUUGAAGCCAAAAGUCGAAGCAGCAAAAAUGAUACAAAAGGACGAGGGAGUCCAAAGGAGAAGACACUGGACUGUGGUCAGAUUGUUUGGGUUUUGGCCUUCAGCCCGUGGCCUUCUCCACCCAGCAGGAAGCUCUGGGCACGUCACCAUCCCCAAGUGCCAGACAUCUCUUGCCUGAUCCUUGCCACAGGGCUCAAUGAUGGACAGAUCAAGAUUUGGGAGGUGCAGACAGGACUCCUGCUUUUGAAUCUUUCUGGCCACCAAGAUGUUGUGAGAGAUCUGAGCUUCACACCUAGUGGCAGUUUGAUUUUGUUCUCUGCAUCAUGGGACAAGACUCUUCGCAUCUGGGACCUGAAUAAACACGGUAAACAGAUUCAGGUGUUAUCGGGCCACCUGCAGUGGGUUUACUGCUGCUCCAUCUCCCCUGACUGCAGUAUGCUGUGCUCUGCAGCCGGAGAGAAGUCGGUCUUUCUAUGGAGCAUGCGGUCCUACACACUAAUCCGGAAGCCAGAAGGCCAUCAAAGCAGUAUUGUCACUUGUGACUUCUCCCCAGACUCUGUCUUGCUUGUCACAGCUUCCUAUGAUACCAACGUGAUUAUGUGGGACCCCUACGCUGGCGAGAGGCUGCGGUCUCUCCACCACACCCAGCUCGAGCCUGCCGUGGAUGACAGUGACGUCCACAUGAGCUCACUGAGAUCCAUGUGCUUCUCUCCUGAAGGCCUGUACUUUGCCACAGUGGCCGACGACAGGCUCCUGAGGAUCUGGGCCCUGGAGCUGAAGGCGCCCGUUGCAUUUGCUCCCAUGACCAAUGGGCUUUGCUGCACAUUCUUUCCACAUGGUGGAGUUAUUGCCACAGGGACAAGAGAUGGCCACGUCCAGUUCUGGACUGCUCCUAGAGUUCUAUCGUCACUGAAGCAUUUAUGCCGGAAAGACCUUCAAAGCUUCCUGACAACUUACCAAGUCCUAGCACUGCCAAUCCCCAAGAAAAUGAAAGAGUUCCUCACAUACAGGACUUUCUAAGCAAUGCUGCACAUCUCCUUUUCUUUGUAGCAGAAUAAAUCUUCCAGGCAAAGGAACCACUGGAAUGAUAGGCCAAACAUCUGGUCUUGGAUUGAAGUAGAGGUUCUUUGGGAUUGUGACUAGAUGUAGCCAGCUGGACUCCAGUGGACUCGUGGUGGAUCUCUUCCUCCAUGGCACGUGCAGGCCCGUCUUAGAGGAGGAAGGCCCAGUCCUGCAGCGACAGCCGUACCGUGCUCUUCAGUCCACUGUGACCAGCAGCUGCCGAGCCCGUCCUAGGCAUUUUGAUUCAGAGUGCAGUUACUGAUGUUUAGACGAGAGUGGACAUCCAGAGCCUCUCCUCAGUGGUGGCAGAGUUCCCGUGCCGCCAUCCUUGUUCCCAGUGCAGGGUGGCAUGGUUUGACGUCCCCUCCUGCUGUGCUCAGAGCUGCUUUGAUGUUGGCGAGUACGUCCCUCAACUCCCUCUGACCAGCAGGACCGAGUUCCCGCACAGCCUUGGGUGCACGGUGUUCCCCAGUGACAGGUGGUCAGAGGCCGUGCUCCUGACUGAUAACAGACACUAUUAUUGGCUGUUUUUUCUUUUAAAAUGGUGUGCAUGUGCAGGAGAUGACAAAUUCGUGUGUCAGGUUAUGAGGAUGUGUUCCUAAAUGCAUGACUGUUCAAAUGGUUACUGAGUCGUCAGUUGUUGGCCAUUUGUUAGCAUUAUAUUUAUUUGUAUUUUCUAAACAGAUGUUAAGGUACAACUGUGUUUUUCUCCAUGGUAUCUAAA